AUGAGUCGUGGAAGUGGAGGCGGAUACGAUCGUCACAUCACGAUUUUCUCGCCCGAAGGCCGUCUAUUUCAAGUCGAGUAUGCAUUUAAGGCUGUUAAGGCUGCUGGGAUCACCUCAAUUGGUGUCCGGGGAAAGGAUUCUGUAUGUGUUGUGACUCAGAAGAAAGUCCCGGACAAGCUUUUGGAUCAGACAAGUGUCACACAUCUUUUCCCCAUCACAAAGUUCCUAGGGUUGCUGGCUACUGGCAUGACAGCUGAUGCAAGGACCCUAGUUCAGCAAGCAAGGAAUGAAGCAGCUGAGUUUCGAUUCAAAUAUGGAUACGAGAUGCCAGUAGACGUACUGGCUAGAUGGAUUGCAGACAAAUCACAAAUCUAUACUCAACAUGCUUAUAUGAGACCACUUGGAGUAGUUGCUAUGGUUUUGGGUAUUGAUGAAGAGUUCGGACCUCAACUCUAUAAGUGUGACCCAGCUGGCCAUUACUUUGGUCACAAGGCCACAAGUGCUGGAUUGAAAGAACAAGAGGCAAUCAAUUUCUUGGAGAAGAAAAUGAAGAAUGAUCCAUUAUUUACCUAUGACGAGACUGUGCAGACUGCAAUUUCUGCCCUGCAAUCAGUUCUGCAAGAGGAUUUCAAGGCCAAUGAAAUUGAGGUUGGAGUGGUGGUAAAGGAGAAUCCUGUCUUUAGAGUGUUGUCGACCGACGAGAUUGAUGAGCACUUGACUGCUAUAAGCGAGCGAGACUGA